AACAGCAGAUGCAUGGAAAUCUCUUUUAUAGUUGCAGAUUUAUAGCUGAAACACCAACGUCCUCUGCCCUCGUGCCUCGCGAUCUCCGCCAUGGAGAACUUCCCAUUGCUGUCCCGCCUUUCCGCCAUGGAGAACAUCGAUCUCUCCUCGCUGAGGAAACGGCUGAACGCCGAUCUCUCCUCGGCGAAGCGGUACCUGCGCUGGAAGUGGCUGGGGCUGUCGAGGAGGCGGUUCCUGGCGCGCAGCGUCGAUGGCGCGCCGCCGGGUCUGAAGGCGGACUUCGUCAGCAUGCUGGAGGACGAGGAGGGCGCGGACGUGACGUUCGUCGUGGGCGGCCGUCAGUUCCGCGCCUACAGGCGCGUGCUGGCCGCUGGGUCGCCGGCGUUCGAGGCGGAGCUCCUCGGCGAGACGAAGGAGACCGCCGCGGAGCUCGUCAAGAUCGACGGCAUGGAGCCGGCCAUCUUCGAGGCGCUCCUCCACUACGCGGCCACGGGCGCGCUCCCGGAUAACGUGGACGGCAGCGAGCCGCUGCAGCGCCUGCUGGCCGCGGCCGACCGGUACGGGAUGCACAGCCUGAUGGCGAUGUGCGAGUGGAGGCUUUGCAGGAGCAUCGACGCGCAGACCGUCCCGACGACGCUGGCAUUGGCCGAGCAGCACCACCGCGAGAAGCUGAAGGAUGCUUGCGUCAGAUUCGAGGCCUCCAGGUGCGUGCUCGGCGCCAUCAGGGAAGAGGUGGGAGCAGGGAUCAUGUCCCGGCUGGGGACGCGCGUCCAAGGGAGGCUGGCGCUGUUGGGGACGAAGGCGACCUCGUUGUUCCGCCAUGCGAGGGGCAGCCAGGCCUGCCGUAACGUGGGCGCCCUCGUGCUGUUCUUCUCCUGGUGUGGCAUUGCCAUCUACCUAGCCGAAAAACCCGAGCCCGAGCAGAGCCAACGGGAGCUAGCGUCUUUGCUCGAGAAUGUCCGAGAGCUCGACUCUUGCCGCUCCAGCCUCAGCUGGAGCUCCCGACUCGCUCUGCUUGAGCAUACGCUGCAACGGUUCCAAGAAUCGGCUUGGCUCAACUCGGACAUAUGAAUGGGCCACCUCUGCUCCUCUGCGGUAACUGGAAACAAUUUCCUUAGUUUCGUAGCACAAGUGCACAACUCGGUAUCCAGGAGGGGUCGUGUGAUUAUAGUUUCUUUUUUUUUUUGAGGGAAUCGUGUGAUUUUCGUUUCAGGAUUUAUAACUAUUGUGUUUUAAGCACGCCGCUGGCCAUUCAAUGGUCAUUUUUUUUUAUUUUCAUUUUUAUAUUCUUGGGCAUGCUUGUGUUGUCUUCCCGACACACCUUCUAU